CUCUGAUUGGCUGCUGCCAACCGCCAAGCCUCGAUCUCCAUAUUCUGCAUUUCAUCAUCUCCUCAGAUUUCCUGUUCAUCUCAUAUAAUAAAACAUCUUAGAAUAUUUCAACUUUACGCCAGGCAUAUUAUCAUCAUCAUUAAGGCCACCCACAAAAUGCACACUCCUUCUCCUCAGCUUCUACGCGCCCUGCGCACUUCCAUCUCAACAACUUCCACCGCAACCCUCCGCGGUUCUCUCCGGACAUCGACUCCGAUCUCACGAAUCACCUCACCAUGCGCUGCCAUCUCCAACACCCUCCCCUCCCGCCGCCACAAUACUACCAGCGUCUCCCGCCCAACACGGAUGAUCCCUCGCUCUCACUCCGCAAAGCCUACCAGCCACGAUCGCGGCCCGACCUCAAAUGAAAGCACCCAGACGGACUUCGCCGCGCUCAAUGUGCUAGGAAGUGUCCCACCCCCGACGACAGCCAUUGAGGCCACGCUCGAUGAUGGCUUCCAUCUGGAUAAUGGGCUUAGAGUUGAGGGCGGUGAUGGGUUGUUGUUAGUUGGUGGUGAGGCGUUUGCCUGGCGGCCGUGGGAGGUCACCGCGGGUGGGAAAAUGGGGAUGGUGAAUAAGAAGGGCCAGUUUGAGGUUGAUGAGCAGGUUUGGGGAUUGUUGAAUGCUGUGUGGCCGCGUCCGGAUCUAUUGGUUAUCGGAAUGGGAGCUACGAUGGUUCCCCUCUCGCCCGAUACGAAACGACAUAUCAAUUCGCUGGGUGUUCGUGUUGAAGUGCUGGACACGAGGAAUGCGGCUGCUCAGUUUAAUCUGUUGGCGACUGAGAGGGGUGUUUCGGAGGUUGCGGCGGCGAUGAUUCCUAUUGGGUUCAAGGGGAGGUGAUAUAUUUUUCAUCUUGCUCUGCCUGAGGAAUGACUGUAUGUAUAUUAUGUACUUCUAAUCUACGCUCAUGUAUCGUCUCAUAUUUGUUGCCUUUUAAUGGAGUAGUGUAUAUCGCAACAUCCAAUGCUUGGACUCGAUGUUUGUCUAUGCCACCUAUGUAUCUGUCGAUCCAUAGCCUAUCGAUCAACCAAACAACAAGUCCACAUCUGCAAUCUCCAAGUAUAUAUUAUUAUCCCAUUGGAUUGAACCCGAACUUAAAUUUGAAUUCGUCGCCGUUCGCGAUCCCAGUGGUGUAGCUUCUGGCUGAAUCAGUUUGCGCUUGAACGGCAGCAUGCUGGGAAGAUAUC